AUGAAACGGCACUUCAGGGAUCAUAGUGGAGAACAGUCAUCAAUUGACGGGACCACCCUGAGCGUGACCACACCUGAGUCCACGGAGGAGAGCGUGAGAAUGUACUGGCCGUGGACCUCGAAGAAGGACGAGUUAUCUCCAGGGCCGGGGCCUGCCCUUCUCCACGAAAACAUCUUCCUCGCAGCGCAGGCUCGGGCUCAGGGGAUGCUGCGUUGGAGCAGCUCCACGUCGUCCCAGUCCUCCUCGGACUACCAGUCCUACUCCCUUUACCGGUCUUGCUACUCCAGCAAGCAAGAGGAGCAGGACGCCGCCCCGCAGAGCGUGAGCGCCCUCUACACCCACGUGCAGACCGUGCGUGGCGUGGCGGUGGCCUGGGAGACAGACGCUGGCUUCGAACCAGUCAACAGGAAACCCCGCAUCCACGAGGCCGAGUUCAUUAAGCGACAGCGGCGGAAAGGCACCUCCUUUGAGAUGGCCUCCAACACCGAUCUGCACUGGGACCUGGAAGCUUGCAAGAACAACUACUGUCUGGAGACCGACGACUCGGAGCUGCUGGGCCCACUGGAGUGCUGCCUGCAGGAGCUGCGGGCGCACCCCGACUGGCUGGUCACCACCAACCACGGGCUGCGCUGCGUGGCCUGCUGCCGCGUCUUCCCCACGUUGGAGGUGCUGCUGGAGCACGCCCAGCACGGCAUCCGCGAGGGCUUCAGCUGUCAGAUCUUUUUCGAGGAGAUGCUGGAAAGGAGGCGGGCCAGAGAUCAAGGACAAGAGCAGCUGGAGGAGGAGGAACAGAGUCCUUCCGACAGUAGCCCAUGUUCCAGGACCCACAGCAAGGGCAAGGUGUUUACAUCACAGCAGCAAGAGCAGCAAAAGCAGCAGCAGCAAGCCUGA